UGUCAUUAUGGCGAUCAACUUUCGAACCAGCUGUCUGCUAAUUUGUUUCGAUUCAUAAUUGUCAAUGACCAAAAUGGCCAGUUAUUUAAAAGAAACGCUAGGAGAGCUGCGAGAGACAGCACUCAAAUCACUGGAAAAAAAUAAAGCCAACAAUAGUACCGAUGAUGGAUCUGAAAGCACGAAUCUGUUCGUCUCGUCGCUUGUUAUCAACUUUUCGAUAUCCUUACUCGCACUCGGCGUAUUCUCGUUCUUACGGCCGAGACUCAAGCAGAUUUACUCUCCACGUCAGCUGCUGUUGGAUGUGAUGUUUCCCCUGGGUAAACUGCCUCAUUCGUUUUUCGCGUGGGUAAUUCCUGCCUUUAUGGCCAAUGAUGAUGAUGUGUUCUAUUAUGCGGGGAUUGACGCGCUCGUUUACAUGCGAUUUAUGCGCUUGUGCGUCAAAAUAUCCCUGGUGAUCAUGCCUUACGGUAUUGCAGUCCUUCUUCCGUUGAAUUAUUUCGGUGGAGAAGGCCUGCAUGGCUUGGACAGGGUUGCUCUCUCAAACAUAGAACAUGAGUCGUCUAAAGUCUGGGCACACGUUGUUCCUGCCUGGUUUUACACUUUUAUUAUUUGCUAUCUACUCUACGAGGAAUGGAAAAUGUACAUCAUGUAUCGCCAGGAAUAUCUUAGCAGCGGAAAAGGCUAUCAAUAUGCUGUGUUAAUUAGGGAUCUACCAGUUAAGUUUCAAAAUGAGCAAAGCAUGAAAAGCUAUCUUGAAGAACUUUUUCCAGACCAGAUUGAGGAUGUAAUUAUGAUUGAAGAUCUGAGGAAAUGGCAGGCAUUGAUUGAAAAACAUGACAACCUAGUGUGGAAACUUGAACGUUCUAAAGCAGUUUAUGAAUUGACUGGAGAAAGACCAACUCAUCAUUCACAUCCUUGUGGCACUGAAUUUGACUCUAUCACCCGACAUGAGGGGGACUUAACAACAUUACAGAGCAAACUAGAGAGCGAAAUGAACCAAGAGCACAACAUUCAUCCAUGUGCUUUCAUAAUAUUCCGAAGUUUGCGUAUGGCAACAACAGCAGUGCAAAUAGGAUGGGACAACUAUUCCUUGAAUAUGAAUGUAACUCCAGCACCUGGGGUUACAGAUGUCAUCUGGGGCAACCUUGGGGUUGGUCUUUGGCGAAGGAAAUUUUGCACAGGUCUGGUCUAUGCUGCAAUAUUUGCUUUGGUGUUUUUCUGGGCAGUGCCAGUUGGAUUUAUCUCAGCUUUAAUUACACUAAAGAAUAUUGCAAAAGUAGCUCCCUGGCUGGAUGCAGUUUUAAGCUAUAAUAACUUUGCAAGAGGGAUCAUUGAAGGGGUUUUAUCCAGUUUAACACUGUGGAUCUUCUUUGCUAUCCUGCCAUUGAUUCUGGAGAGGCUUACCAGACUUGAGGGCCUUGCUUCACAGAGUGAAGUGGACAAGUCUGUCCUGGGAAAACUUUUCAUUUUUGUGAUUGUCAAUCAAUUCCUUUUUCUGUCCGCCGGGGCAGCGGUUUUCGGAAAAUUUAAAGAAAUACUGAGAAAACCUGAGGAUAUACCGCAGUACUUGGCUCAGUCCUUGCCGGCGCAGGCCACGUUCUUUAUCUGUUACAUCGUGUUUCGUGGUCUAACUGGGACGUCACUGGAGCUUCUGCGCAUUUUUUAUCUUAUUAUCAUUCCUAUUAAACGGAAGUGGUUUUGUCACACUCCAAGAGAAGACGAGGCGGCCUGGAGACCACCCUAUGCCAUGUAUGAUCGACUGUACAAAGAUCACUUGUUUGUUCUGAUCGUGGGCAUUUCGUACUCAGUCCUCGCUCCUCUCAUCACUCCGUUUCUCGUGUUGUACUUCGGGUUUGGUUACAUAGCCUGGAUGCACCAGAUACUUUGUGUAUACAUCCCAGUGUAUAGUACUGGCGGGCGGAUGUGGCCAAUAGUUUUCAACAGGAUAAUAGCUGGAAUGAUCGUCUUCCAUCUCCUAAUGACAGGAGUACUAAGCUUGAAGGAGUCGUUCGUCGCUGCGGGUUUUAUGCUUCCCCUUCCUGUUAUCACGAUCCUGUUUUUCUUGUUUAUCCAGCAGCAUUGUCUGAAACCUUCAAUGUACUUGUCUAUUAACAUGGCGUCUGGAUUGGCAGAAGCGAGUCCUCGUUUCUUACAGAGCGUUGCACAAAGUUAUGUCAGAAACUACCGUCUGCCCCCAACGUACGGCCUUAGUUCGUCACCCAUUAAUGGUGGAGAUUAUGCCUACGAUGACGAAGAAAGGUCGCCUGUAAUCACGCCGAGCCACUCAACUGGUGGAAUUUCUAUGAGCGAAGAGUUUGCGUAGAAUGCUGGGAAAUCCUCGUGUGGACUAAAAGUUUGUUUCUGCAUAACGUGAUAAUAACAAUGAAAACAAUAGCGUGACGUUUACUGUGUCUUCUACACCAAGUAAGAGCCGUGAUAACAAAUUGGACAGCAAUGCUGAUGUUAGUGUGAAAUUUUACGAUAGUUAUUCAGAUUUAAGUUAAAUAGUUUUUUAGAGUGGAGACUAAUGUAACUACCACGAAUCUUUUAGUUACGGUGUGGACAUAUUCGUAGCAAUAAACUGUUUGAAGUUGUUA